AAAAUACCUGGAAUAGAAUAUCUCGGCAACAGAACAAGGCUAUCACAAUUUAAUGUCGUUAUAGUCACUUGGUGUUUGGCUUAGACAUAAGCUAGUCAUAUUUAGAUUCAAGUUAACUAUACUCCAAAAUUUAAUUGAAUCAGUCACAGAUAUUAACAAUAUCAGUGCAAGCCAAUUGUCUCAUAUAGUUAUAGACAGGUAGCUACAAUGAACUAUGGACGUGCUUAGUUUUGCAAUAAACCCUACAAUCGUGAUCUAGUGUCAAAACAGAAGGAGAACAGCAGUGUUACAAAAUUUACGGGAAGAUAGUGCAGUGAAUUUUCUCGAUCGCGACCUAUAAAAUAUCAUAAACAAUCAAAAUUUCCAGUUUCAAUUCAACUGUAGUGUCGACCACCAAUUUCUCCAAUUAAGUCGAUAGCAGCUUCAAGUUGGAUUUCAAGGGCGUCUCUUCUUGUCUGGGGGCCUUGGGAUCAUCCCCUGCCCCCUCGGUCCAUACCACUCCAGAGGAGCUCUCUCACCAGCAGUUUAACAUAUUCCCCGCCAUAUUCAGUAGACAAUUAAACUUUAACACGUGCCCCCAAUCCAAAACGAUGAUGGAUGAACUGAGACCGAACCUCGUCGGGAACUUAUUAGGAGUUAGCGGACUGCUCGACGACCACCACGGACACCUGACUAGCUCUAGUACCAAUAUAGAUAAGACGAGUAGUUCUAGAAAGUGCAAUAGUACCAGUGGCUCAUCGGCGGAGGAUUUCAACGCUCUCUACGGCAGCUUGCCUCAUUCGCACGAGCACCACGGCCACACUCCGGCGCAUACGCCUCCAUCGGGAAGGAUUAUCGCUGACCACAGUGACGGCGCCUUCAAAAAAUUAAAACCGGAACCGCAAUCGGCGCCCAGCGGGACGAACAUCGGAACCGUCUCGCCCAACAGUGGCCCCCAGCACGCCGGCCACACGCCGACGACGGCGUCCUGCCCGACGCCGGCGCGACGGCGGCAUCGUACGACCUUCACUCAGGAGCAGCUGGCGGAAUUGGAGGCGGCCUUCGCCAAAAGCCACUACCCCGACAUUUAUUGCCGGGAAGAGCUGGCUAGAAGUACAAAACUGAACGAAGCUAGAAUUCAGGUAUGGUUUCAAAAUCGACGAGCGAAAUACCGAAAACAGGAAAAGCAGCUCCAGAAAGCAUUGGCUCCGAGUGUGUUGCCCGGUUGCAAUGGCGCCAUGAUGCGGAACAUUUAUCCGGGGGCGGCGCGAGGUUAUCAGCCCUAUCCGCACCCUACAGCCAUCAACAGAUAUCCCCAGGCCUAUCUACCUAAUUAUGCGAAUAUUCAUCGGAAACCGAAAACUGCGCACUUAAGUGAACGGAAUUAGAACCACGACGAAUUUCAUUGAUUAGCAUAAUUUCUUGGUGGCUACGGUGGGUGUGGAAACGCCGACGCCGAAACCGACGCCGCCGUCGUCUGGAUCCCGACGGCAAACAGCCAAAGCCAGAUUUGAACUUCUCCGUCCAACGAUGGGAACGACGCCAUAUCCAACAAUGGCUCAAUCCUUCUCAAUGUCUCAUGGCACAAAUAUGACGUCCGUUGCUGGUAUGAGGCAAGACUCAAUGAGCAUUAGCGCGGAAGACGAAUGGUACAACAAAAGCAUAACCGCCCUGCGAAUGAACUCCACUCACCAUCCGAACGUCGGGGCUCCCAUGCUGCAAUAUCAAACAUAAUGAAAGAAUUAGGACGAGGUUUUCGUUAGCAGAGAGUUGUAAGAAUUUGAUUACAAACAAGAACCAGAGAGAAUUUUAGUUAACUACUUGUAUGUGUACAAUGAAUUUUGUAGAUACUUCUUGGUGAAAGCGACGGAACAGUAACCGCUCUGUUUAUCUAGGCGAUCUACGAAAUCAAAUUUACUUAAGGGAGCUAUAGAUAUAUUUAUUGAACUUCGAAAAUGUAAGUAACGUCCAAGCAAUGUACGUGGUGGCAUGUAUUUGUAAUUGCUCAUGUAUAUUAACGAGAUGUUAAGAAUUGUUAUAAUUGAAAAAAAAUUGAAAAAAAUCAACGUAGACUAAAAAUUAGCAUUUGAAAUAACAAGCGUGUAAACUUUUCUUUUUAAAACGCGUUAUUUUUUUUUAAUUUCUCGUCAUGUUACUUAUUGUUUUUUUAUAUAAAUAAGAAACAUUAUUUAUUGUUUCUACGUCUUAUUUAUUAUUUUUCUACUGUGAUUAUAUUAUGCCCAUUGUCUUUGGCAUAUUGGUAUAUUAGGUAUUAUUAAUAAUAUUUCAAAUAUUAAAUCGAAUGGUGUAAAUAUCCUUAUCAUACAUAUAACACAAUGGGUCGAUAAAAAUAGCUACCUAUUUACCUAUUAAAUUUUAUGUACGAGAAUGAAAAUCAAUAAAGGAUUCAAAAAUAAGGUUAUUAAAAAAUUGAGGGAAAAUGAUUGGUUAUUUCCACAGGAAUUCUUAAAAAUUUAUUUAAAAAUUAUUUUUCAAAAACGUUUUAUGUGUAAAAAAUUUUGGCUCUUUUCAUAAUAAAAUUAUGGUUAUAAAUUGAAAAAUAAAAUACAACUGGCUAUUUUAGGUAUUCUUUCCGUACUCGUACUCUUUAACCAUUUUAAUAAUGUGUAGCAAAACAGUCCGACUAAAAAUUAUAAUUUUACCAUUAAAAUCAAUAUUUUCAUAGAAUCAUCAUUCAUCUUCAUAUUGUAAAUAACAAUCGUUGUAAAUAACCAUGUCACCAACUCGAUUAUACUUUAAACAUAUGAAAGGAAAUUAAG